AGAGUAUCACAAAUACAUUUAUACGCAGAUAACGUGUGUGCGUCUGGAUUUUGCUGUAUUUUUUAUUUAAGAAUGAAUUAUUAAUAAACAAUUAAUAAAUUAUUAUUAAAUAAAAAUCAGUCAAAAACACCAAUAAACCAUACACAAAGUUUCUAAUUAAUUACGUUAAAUAUGGAACCGAAUAACUAUCAUGGCCAUGGACAGCAGCAGCAGCAUCUGCACGAGCAGCAAAUUCAUUUGCAACAACUUCAGCAGCAGCAUCUUGAACAACAACAACUGCAGCAGCAGCAGCAUGAACAACAACAGCAACAACUGCUGCAACAACAGCCUUUACAAGCUGGUUUUGCACCCCGUCGUCAGUAUGACAACAUGGGCAACUCAUCAGCUGCCCUUGCAGCUGCCUGUUUGGCCAAUGGCGCUGCCAGCGGUGGCAGCUCAUCGACGGCUAAAAUCACAGUGAUGCAGCGACCGAAAAUCAAGAAGGAGAAACCAUUGCAAGCGCUGCAGCAACAGCAGCAGCAACAACAACAACAACAGCUGUCGGAGCUAAGCACUGUGGGCAGCACCGGCAUGUUGCCAACUGAGGACACAUUGAAGUUUGUCAACGAUACUGAUGCCAAUGGUUUGGCAAUGAAGACCCCGGUUAGCAUCUUGCAGGAGCUGCUGAGUCGACGCGGCAUUACGCCGGGCUAUGAAUUGGUACAGAUAGAGGGUGCCAUACAUGAGCCAACGUUUCGGUUUCGGGUCUCGUUCAAGGACAAGGAUACACCGUUUACCGCCAUGGGCGCUGGACGCUCCAAAAAGGAGGCUAAACACGCGGCCGCACGUGCUCUUAUCGACAAGCUAAUUGGCGUCCAGCUCGAAUCAUCACAGGGCAGCACAACCGCAACAGCCGCUGUCAACUGCUCGAUGACUGGUGGUGGCAGCGGUGGCGAUGGCAAUGCCAAUGUUUCUGGCAGUGGCGAUGGCAGCGACAAGAUCGUGGGUAAUCCAAUUGGCUGGCUUCAGGAGAUGUGCAUGCAACGCCGCUGGCCCCCGCCGUCCUACGAAACGGAGACUGAGGUGGGGCUGCCACACGAGCGACUAUUUACGAUUGCAUGCACCAUUUUAAACUAUCACGAGGUGGGCAAGGGCAAAAGCAAGAAGAUUGCCAAACGUUUGGCCGCCCACAAGAUGUGGACACGGCUGCAGGAGACGCCCAUUGAUGCUGCCAAAAUCAAUGACAGCAUCUGUAGCGAGCUGGAGGGCGAUGUGAGUAAAUUAUCGCUUGUAGAUACCGUGCCAGAGCCGGCUGAUACCGUGCCACAGCCGGCUAUCUCAAGUACUCUAACAUCAAGUCCGUAUUACGAGCGCAUUUCACCAGUUAUACAAAUUAUUGAUAUUUAAAUCUAACAAAUAUUAAUUUCAACUCCUCUUUUUUUUUAAUUAUAGUUUUUCUGUAUCUAUUGUUUGUAUCUCUAGCGUCUAUCUUCUCAUCAGUCCUGUAUAGUUUUUUGUCAUUUUCUAUGUUCUGUUAUUGAGUAACGUAGAUUAUAUCCUUUCCAAACUUAGCUUACUAGAAGUGUUCAUCACUGUUAUUGUUUUUUUCAUGCUAAAUCCAAUUUAAUUGUUGAGUGGCCAUGUGCAAUAAAAUAAGAAGAUUUUGUUAAAAUUGUUUACAUCAAUUUCGUCUUAUGUCCUAAAUCAGAGGUCGCAUAUUUUUCUGAAGAUUUGAAGGCUGUCUGUUUUCUGCUUUCACUGCUUAAGCAAGGCAAUUUUUUUUUAUUCGAUAUUUUCCAUGAGCACUUACCAAAAAAUAUUUUUACAGAGUUUUUGUGACGUUUUCGGCACAGAAUUUACUUUAAGAAAGUUACGUAGCGCUCUAAGUUCCGAAAGCCUUUUUCUUUAUUAGUUGUUAAGUUUAUUACUUAAUAAAAUGUAAUUCAUGCUUUUAAAUAA